AUGGGUGGAUGUGCUUCGUCUCAAAGGAACUAUAAAAGAAAGUCUGGUAAAAGACCGGGUGCAAAGGUGAUCAAAGUGAUUCAUUUAGAUGGUCGAGUGAAGGAGUUCGAGCCGCCUAUAUGUGCUGAACAGAUACUGUCUUGUAACCCUAGUUGCUUCUUAUGCAGUUCCGAUACGAUGUCUAUUGAUGCGUACCCUACGAAUGUGCCUGAACCUGAAGAGCUUCGGCCUGGUUUGUAUUUUCUGUUGUCUAAGGCUCAAGAGAAUAAACCGUUUUCGCUUGAGGAUUUGUGUGAGCUUGCUGUUAAGGCUAGUUCUAAUCUUUCUAUUCAUGAUCUUCAGCUGUCUUUUAGGCAUUAUGCUGUUGUUUGA